CCGUUGUUUUACUUAUUUUGCGUGCAGUCUGCUUAGAUUAUAUUGCUUUUCUUGCUUAAAAGUUUCUGUUUCUUUGAUAAAUCUCUCGUCCAUUGUUUGAAAUAAUCUCUUUUUAUAGAUCAAAGGCCAGACAUCUGCUGUUCCAAGCUUUUUCCAGUUUUACAACUAAGACAAUGGAAGAAGAAAUUAAGGCAAAAUUAGCCAGCCUGGAUGCUGAUACACUUCGUCAGUUAUUACACAGCAUGAUUGCAAACAAAUCGGAAAAUUUAACUCCAUCAGAUCAAGAGGAAAUCUCUUAUGAUCCAAAUCUUAAUGAAGCAUCAGAAACAGUUCAUAAUAAAGAUGAAUCGAGUGAAGUAGUCGAGGAAACAAGUUCUAAUCAUGACAGUCCACAUGUGGAGGCAAACAAGAAUGAAGAGAAAAAUGAAAAAUCAUCGCUUAAUGAUUCAAAUUUGAUGUCAAAUGAAAAUUUAUCAAUUAAUUUUCAAAAUCACCAAUUAAAAGAAGAUGAAGCAGUGCCACAUGAAAACUCCCAAACAACACCCCAACCAUCUUAUUCUUCACCAAUUACCAAAGAUACACAUUUGAAUGAUGCUUCUUUGGAUGAUCAUCAGAAUCCUGAGAUCCUAACGCAAUUUCCAAGUCCUACAGAGCCUACCGAUCAUGAAAACAAUAAAUCCUUUGCACAAGACAUUGGAGAUAAUGGAGAAGAACAUGGCGACUUGAACAGUUUCACAAAACAUGAACAAGAGGCUGUUUCUUCAAGUACUUUACCAGUCAAAGAAAUUACCAAUACAAAACAAGCAAAUACACAAGAAUCAGAUCUUGAUGAUGUACUUGUAAACAACAAUGAUGACACAGGAAACAUAGAAAGUUCAUGUGAACCUGCAACACAUCCAUCUUAUGAAAAAUCAAAAAUAAAUGAAAAGACUCUCAAACCUGAAGAUGAAAUAAUGCUCAAUAACACAACUCCAGUUUCUUUUCAAGCAUCAAACAUAGAGGAGGUGAAGGAUGAAAAAACAGCUAUUUCAAUGCUGUCAAACAAUCCCACAGAAACUUUUUUAUCAAGUGCUUAUCCAUCAGAAAUCCCUCCAGUUAUAAUAUCGCUAUCUAGUUUGAGUGAUUAUCUUCCUGAGGAUAUGACAAUACCAACCUUAGAUAACUCGAUUCUCACUCUUGCUUUAAGACCGAAGAUUAUCUUAAAAGAUGGCUUUGCUGUCAUGGUAUUUGAGAAAUUUUGUUAUGACAAACACGAAACAGCCUCCAGUGACUUGAGUUCGUUGAAAGCAUCUAACUGUGACUUGAAGAAUGUCCAAUUGCUUUCAAAGCAAGCUGUAAAAUAUGACGCUGAAAAGGAUUCUUAUGAUAAACAUGAAGAAGUUGGAGGAAUUUCGUCGUUGGAACAAGAUGGAGAAGUAAAAGAAGAUGAUGACAACACGAUAUUUGAAAACGAGUUGAAAUCUAGGGAGAAACACAGGAACUUGAUGGAUACUCUGGGGUAAAAAAUCCAGCGCAACAAAUGCAUGAACAACAAGUAUGUACUUCGCAACAGCUGCAACCCCAACAGCUGCAACCAAAUCAUACCCAACCACAACAGUAUCUCCAACAACCUCAACAAUUACAUUCUCAACAACAACUUCAAUUG